CUCGUAUUUUCCCCGUUAAGAUUCAAGGGUGUUUCCAUUUCUUGGUCUUUUUCUCAGUCUUUGUACUCCGAUCCUCAGCCCCUUCUCUGUUUCUGCCAAACCCCUGUUACUGUUUGACUCUGUUUAGACGCUGGAAAAUCCUCUGUUUUCAGCUUUUUCUUUGUUUUUUUCUCUAGACUUUUAAUUCGUUGAAUCCUUUUCCCUGGAAAUUUGUUGAUAACUUUAUUUAUUAAGAACUAUUCGAUCUUUGAGAAUGCAAAACACUGACGGCAGAAGCUUUCCUGAGCUUGUAUCAGAGCUAGAAACCUUAGUGGAAGAAGUAGCCUCACUGGCAAAAGAAUCAGAAAAUGGGCUAUUCUUUGAAUUCUCACUUCUUCUCAAUAAACUUGUCCCAAUUUUGAGUGAUAUAAGGGAUAACAAAGAUGUCAUGGACACGGUUACUAUCCGAAAAGCAAUAGAAUCGCUCGAGAAAGAGCUUAGACGUGCUAAGACUUUGAUCGAAAGCCCUGAUUCGAAACAAGCAAAUAUAUGGAUUGAAGAUGUGAUACAGGAUAUUGGGAGAUCCGUAGGCCUUAUGCUCUUUGCUAGUAUUGAUCUUCAUUUGGAUAUGAAAGAGAAAAUUGGUGCAUUGCAUAAGGAAUUCAUGAAUGUGAGGUUUGAUGCAAGCUUAAGCCCAAGUUCUAGUCCAAGUCAUGAAUCCGAGUUUGUUAGUGCUACAGCAUCAGAGAGAGAAAUUGAGGAAGAAAGAAUAGAAAUUGAGGAGGAAGGAACCAAUCUUACUAUCAAUGAUGUUGUCUUGCAUCUGAAGUAUGGUAAUGAUGAAGAAUUCAACUUUGCGCUCUUCAGCUUCAACGAGUCUGUUAGGCAAGGAUUGAUUACAAAUGAAUGGAUAAAUGAAGAAGGCAUUAUUCUCAUUCUAGUUAAUAGGUUGGGAUCAUGUAAACCAAACAACCGUUUGAUCAUCCUUCAGAUACUGAGAAAACUUGCUUUAGAAAAUGCCGAAAACAAGGAGAAGAUGGCAGAUGCUGCAUCUUUAUCAGCAUUGGUGAAAUCUUUGACGCGAGAUGUGGAAGAGAGGAGGGAAGCCGUGGGGCUGUUGCUUGAUCUGUCAGAUCUUCCUGCAGUUUGGAGACGGCUUGGCAGAAUUCAAGGUUGCAUUGUUAUGUUAGUUACCAUGCUUAACGGCGAUGAUCAGAUUGCUUCGGAAAAUGCAGGGAAGUUGUUAAAUGCAUUGUCAAGCAAUACACAAAAUGCGCUGCAUAUGGCAGAGGCUGGUUACUUCAAGCCACUAGUGCACUACUUGAAGGAAGGCUCUGACAUGAGUAAGAUCCUCAUGGCAACUGCAAUAUCAAGAAUGGAGUUGACAGAUCAAAGUAGAACUUCCCUUGGAGAAGAUGGAGCAGUUGAACCUCUUGUUAAGAUGUUUAAUGCUGGAAAGCUUGAAGCCAAGUUAUCUGCUUUAAAUGCAUUGCAAAAUUUGUCAAUUUUGCCGGAAAAUAUACAACGGUUGAUCAGUUCCGGCAUUGUAGUUUCUCUACUUCAACUCCUUUUCUCUGUCACAUCUGUGCUCAUGACUCUUAGGGAGCCAGCUUCAGCAAUUCUUGCAAGAAUUGCUCAGUCGGAAUCUAUUCUUGUUAAUCAAGAUGUAGCACAGCAAAUGCUCUCCCUUUUAAAUCUCUCAAGUCCUGUAAUUCAGUAUCACCUCCUACAAGCACUGAAUAGCAUUGCUGGCCAUUCUAGUGCAUCCAAAGUUAGAAGAAAAAUGAAGGAAAAUGGUGCAAUUCAGCUCCUUCUACCCUUUCUAACCGAAAGUAACGCGAAAAUCAGGACUGGAGCAUUGAAUUUACUCUACACUCUUUCGAAAUAUUUACCUGAAGAAUUGACAGAACAGCUAGGAGAAAGCCACCUGAACAUCAUUGUCAACAUUAUCUCAUCAACCUCAUUGGAGAGUGAUCAAGCUGCUGCAGUUGGCAUACUGAGCAACAUACCAAUUAGCAAUAACAAAGUGACAGAGGUUCUUAAAAAGGCAAAUCUGCUGCCAAUUUUGAUAUCUACAAUGACUUCGAGUCCUUCAACCUUGACAUCCACAUGGCAUUGGUUAGCAGAAGGUGUUGCAGGUAUAUUAAUUCGAUUUACGAUUCCUUCUGAUAAAAGACUACAGCUUCUUGCAGCACAGAAUGAGGUGAUUCCUUUGCUUGUGAAGUUGCUUUCUAGUGGAUCAUUGGUUGCUAAAUGCCGAGCUGCUACCUCACUAGCUCAGCUAUCACAGAACUCACUAUCUCUCCGAAAGUCGAAAAAAUCAAGCUGGUUCUGUGUCCCCCCUUCUACUACUGCAUUUUGUGAAGUCCAUGAUGGCUAUUGCUUUGUUAAGAACACAUUUUGUUUGGUAAAGGCAGGUGCAAUUCCUUCACUAAUCCAAAUAUUGGAAGGCAAAGACAGGGAAGCAGAUGAAGCUGUUCUAAAUGCGAUUGCAACACUAUUGCAGGAUGAAAUUUGGGAAAGUGGAAGCAAUUUCAUUGCCAAAAAAUCAGGUGUUGGAGCAAUUAUAAAAAUCCUGGAAUCAACAACUGUGAAGGCUCAGGAAAAAGCACUGUGGAUAUUGGAAAGGAUUUUCAAAGUUGAGGAGCAUAGAGUAAAGUAUGGGGAAUCUGCUCAGGUGGUGCUCAUUGAUCUAGCUCAGAAUGGUGACCCCAGAUUAAAAUCAUCAACAGCAAAAUUAUUGGCACAGCUUGAACUCUUACAAGAACAAUCUAGUUACUUUUGAGAGUGCAAUUUCUACUAUAUCAACUACUGUUUUCUGCAUGUCAAUUUCUAUACUUUGUUUUCUUUGUUUAUACUUAUUUUGCGUAUCCUAUAAGUGUUGUUUGGUCAUUUUAGGAUGAAUCAUAAGAAAACAAACAUUCCUGUUGUAAGUAAAAUAAUAGCACUCGAGCAUUUAGCUUAAUAGUAAAUAUGUGAUAAUAUUCCUCUGAUCAAAUAAUUGAGAUUAAAUUUUUUUUCCUCCAAUUAAUAAUAAUA